AUGUACUGGUCUCCAUAUGACGACGACAUGCUCUCCCAACACCCCCAACCACCCUUCCUCUCCUCCCCUGCUCCCCCCCAGACGGAGCCUCCCUCCUGCCAAGAUCGUCUCCAGCAUGACAGCAUCAGCUCUCAGAUCUCCUCCGCCCGCGUCGCGCUCGUCUGCCCUCGCAAGAAGAAGGCAGGCCCUGGCCAGUCUCCCCGACAGCCCGACGACCCGGUCGUGCUGACGAGAGAGCUUCUGGAGGGCCUCUUCGAUCGCUCGCUCGCUGCGGCAUCGGAGGCGCUUGGGAUCUGCCCUACGGCCAUCAAGAAAGCCUGCAGGAGGCUCGGGAUCGACAAGUGGCCUUUCAAGGGGCCGGCAGGGAGGUCCAGCAAGCCACCUACCCCGCCAUCCUCGUCGGCCAUGUCGGGAGGGUGUGUGGCAUCGGUGGAGGUGUCAGCGUGCGAGGACCUGCCGCUAUCAAGCCAUGGCGCCUCGUCGUGCAUGCUUGAGACUGCAGGCCCAAGCGAUGGCACUGCUUGUCAAGACCUCUCCAUGGGCUCGACAUGUCUUGCUUCGAGCAACUGUUGGAGGAAACAAAUCGACGAUCCUCACUGCACGGAGACCCGCCAUUGCCCUCUUCUGCUUCAACGCCGAGACUCUCUCGACAAGUACGCGUCCAUGCUCACCGUACCUCCUGGAGAGGAGGGGCAAGGCGACGCCGUGUUCUGGAAGGAGCUGCUGGGGAUGCUGCCGGAGGAGGUAAAGGGGAAGAGGGUGGAUGUCGACUUUGACUUUACCUAUGGUUCAUAA